AGUUUGUUAUUCAACAUCUUUAUCAUGAUUGAAUCAGCUUUCAGAUUAUGACCUUUAAAUGUAUUUGCGAUCUCUCUAAGUUCCCAUUGUUUGUAUGCACAUAGCACAAUAUGAAUAUGAUGUAAUGGUUGUAAAAUACUCAAUCAUUAUGACUACAUUGAUGAAGUAUUCUAUAAAUGUUCAUUUCUGUCUUGUAAUGAUCUUUAUAUGUCAUAACUCUGACUUAUGUUAACAUUAUGAUGAGAGACCGGUGUGUUGAACUGUUUUUACCCCCGAGUGUGUCUGCAAUGUUGUUUGUUUCAUUGAAUCAGUGUGUGGGCUUGGAGUAAUGAGGGGUGUCAGAGUCACAGAUACUGACUCUUUACUCCACAUUUCUUCACUUUUUGGGGAAGUGCCCUCAACAAUCAUUAACCUGUUCUGAUUUGAAAUGGGCUCUUCACUCUAACAUUUUUAUUCCUGACAAAAUGUGGGUGAGAUAUCUCGGGUUUGUUAUUCUUUUCGGCCUUCCAGGAGCACUGCAUGCUCAGCCUUGUGGCGCUCCAGGCCUUGAUGGUGGUUAUUUUGUCCCGUUACAAGAAACAUAUUCUCAUGAAAUUGAGAUAACUUACGCCUGUGAUAGUGGACGUAAACCUGCAGUGGAGGGAUGGUGGGCAACAAGCACAUGUCAAAACGGGGUAUGGUCUCCUGAACCGCAAUGUAUAGGCGAAGAGGACUGCCUUCCACCUGAGAUACCCAACGCAAAAUUCAAUAAAAAACAAAACAGUUGGUAUAACGAAGGAAACACAAUAAGGGUAACAUGUGACAACGGAUAUGAGCUGAAGAACAGGGAUGCCACAGCCGUUUGUUUGAAUGGAACCUGGACCUCUGUUCCUGUCUGUGAGAUAAGUAACAAUACAUGUGGUGAACCCCCUCAAAUCCCCCAUGCAGUCAUCAUUGGUCAGAAAUAUCAGGCGAGUUUUGCUGCAGAUUCCAAAGUUAGAUAUAAAUGUGAAGAUGGAUACUCUGUGGAGGGAGCAGAAAGCAAAAAAUCCAUCUUCUGCAUAUCCGGAAGCUGGAGUGAACUCCCAAAGUGCAGCAGAGGGACCAGACAAAAUACUGGACACAGUAGCUCAGUAGAGGUCACCACAUCUGCUGGCAGUGGGACGCAAACUGUGGGUGGAGGUAGUGGAUCUUCAGCUGGAGGAACAGCUGGCGGACACCCUACAUCCACAGAAAGUGGGACACAACCUGGGGGUGGUGGCAGAGGAAGUGGGGAUGUUGUACAUGGUGGACCUACAAUUACAGGUACUACAUCCACCGGCAGUGGUACACAACCUGUGGACAGAGGAUCUUCUACCACAUCUGUUUCAAAUGACAGAAACAGUAAGCCUGCUUUCAUACCAGUCAACGAAUGCGGAGUCUCCCCAGUUAUUCCAAAUGGUGUUGUUGUGCAAACGGAGCGUAUGCAUUUGAAAUACGAAUGUAAUUCUUAUUACACACGAGUGGGACCAGACACUGUGGUGUGUACCAACGAUGGCAGAUGGUCAGAACUUCCCUCCUGCAAAGAGGCUUUCUGUGUCUUGGAUCUUGCUCAGUAUUCUGGGAUUGGGAUUAGGCAAACUGGAAAAGAAUAUAUUAAGGAAGGAGAGACGAAGAAUGUAUACUGUUCCUAUUAUGACUACGUCAUUUUUACUUGCACUCAGGGAAGAGUAACCUAUACCCAAUGUUGCGAGGCGUAUUAUCAUAACUAUGGACGCUGCUAAGAAAAAACAGCAGAGGAGCAACUGUAGGACUGUGGGGACUGUGGACAAAAGCCAAGUUGGAGGCUACGGAAAUAUCUCCAUCAGAAAAAAUUAAACUCUAAAACAUGUUGACAGAUUUGUGUUUUUUAAAUUUGUUUUAAACCAGAUAUUUCCCCCCCUAAAAAACAAUUACAAACAAACAUUUUUAACCGUCUGCUUUUUCGUGAUGAUAGUAACUCUGAAUGUGCUACUAACAUGAACAUUACAAUAUAAAGUUUAUAUGGCC